CAACCGGGUGGGGAGAGAGGGACGCAUCCGGGGCCAGAGAUAUCAGGGAAAGAAGGUGGGAUGACGUAAGAUCACGUGACGGCCGGCGGCGUUGUCAACAAUCCACGCCUAAGGGGGAGGGGACGAAGUAUCUAGAACCACGUGUCCCUAUGACGCGAUUAGAACGGAUCACGUGAGAGCGUCGCCUGGAUCCGAGUUUCCUCCAGGUCUUUGAACCGGGCAUCCUUUUAGGAUCCGGCACAAGAGGCAAGUGUUCACGAGCCUGGGGGCAUCUAAGACACAGGUCGGAUAAACUUCCACGCUGGUUCCCCUUCCCUAGAGGAUCUGCAGUCACUCAAGCUGCCGUCAAAAUGCGACCCGCCCCCAUCGCCGCUCAAAACCAACCUUGUGUAGUGGCCCCAGUUUGAUCGACAGCAGCUCGUAUUUCCCACUUCCACCCUCAAGGAGGCUUUCAGUUGGCGCCCCCCAGGAACUCUUUUCUGCUUGUUCUCUCUUUUUCCUUCCGGGUCGGGCCUGGCCGGUGUUCCGGUCUUGCGCCCUAGGCCCCGAGCGAGAGGCCCGGUGCACUGUUGCCAUGGCAGUAGGCCGUUGGGAGCUGACGGGAUAGGUAGGGUCGGUGUCCUGGUUCCCGGCUGAGACUGCGCGGAGCCGGGCCGGCGAGACUGCAGAAUGGGCUGAGGCGGCGGCGGCUGUCCGGACGAGGUCGACUGAGGGGCGAAGGGCGCGGCACUGGUCCAGGACCCUAAGACGCCUGGUUUGAGGAGCGGGUGGGACCGAGGUUUUCUUGGGCCCCAGGGCCUGACCUGUUGGCGACUGCAGCUUUGCGGGAACCUCAUAUUUGACGCGGGCAUGACUGGACGUGUGGGGACCCCACUCAUGAUGAAUAGAAGAAGCUGGGCUUGAAAAUGGAGAUGUAUGAAACCCUUGGAAAAGUGGGAGAGGGAAGUUAUGGAACAGUCAUGAAGUGUAAACAUAAGGAUACUGGGCAGAUAGUGGCCAUUAAGAUAUUUUAUGAGAAACCAGAAAAGUCUGUCAACAAAAUUGCAACGAGAGAAAUAAAGUUGCUAAAGCAAUUUCGUCAUGAAAACCUGGUCAAUCUGAUUGAAGUUUUUAGACAGAAAAAGAAAAUUCAUUUGGUGUUUGAAUUUAUUGACCACACAGUAUUAGAUGAGUUACAACAUUAUUGUCAUGGACUAGAGAGUAAACGACUUAGAAAAUACCUCUUCCAGAUUCUUCGAGCAAUUGAAUAUCUUCACAAUAAUAAUAUCAUUCAUCGAGAUAUAAAACCUGAGAAUAUUUUAGUAUCCCAGUCAGGAAUUACUAAACUCUGUGAUUUUGGUUUUGCACGAACGCUAGCAGCUCCUGGAGACAUUUAUACGGACUAUGUGGCCACACGCUGGUAUAGAGCUCCAGAAUUAGUAUUAAAAGAUACAUCUUAUGGAAAACCUGUGGAUAUUUGGGCUUUGGGCUGUGUGAUUAUUGAGAUGGCCACUGGAAAUCCCUAUCUUCCUAGCAGCUCUGAUUUGGAUUUACUUCAUAAAAUUGUUUUAAAAGUAGGCAAUUUGACACCUCACUUGCAGAAUAUCUUUUCCAAGAAUCCCAUUUUUGCUGGGGUGGUCCUUCCUCAAGUUCAACACCCCAAAAAUGCAAGAAAAAAAUACCCAAAGCUAAAUGGAUUGUUGGCAGAUAUUGUUCAUGCUUGUUUACAAAUUGAUUCUGCUGAGAGGAUAUCAUCUACUGAUCUUUUGCAUCAUGAGUAUUUUACUAGAGAUGGAUUUAUUGAAAAAUUCAUACCAGAACUGAGAGCUAAAUUGCUACAAGAAGCAAAAGUCAAAUCAUUCAUAAAGCCAAAAGAGAAUUCUAAAGAAAAUGAAUUUAUGAAAGAUGAUAGAAAAACAAUUUAUACUAAUACACUGCUAAGUACUUCAGUUUUGGGAAAGGAAAUGGAAAAAGAGAAAAAGCCCAAGGAGAUCAAAGUCAGAGUUAUUAAAGUUAAAGGAGGAAAAGGAGAUAUCUUAGAACCAGAAAAGAUAGAGUGUGAAGGUGGACAUUGUCAACAGGAUGCAGUUGAAAUUGCUCAUACUAUGUCUCAAGAUAUAAAACCUGUAAUCAGUGAACCACCAAACCCUGUCAAUCCCAGCCCUAACUCUAUGGGCAUGAAAGACGAUCCACAUGCUGGAAGUAGUAUGGUGAUGCCACCCAUCAAUCUAACUAGCAGGAAUUUGAUGGCUUCAAAUCCUAAUUCAAAUCUCUCCCACUACAAUUCAAGGUUAACUGAAAGAGCAAAAAAGAGACGUACUUCUUCACAAUCUAUUGGACAAGUUAUAUCUAAUAGGCAUGAGGAUGCAGGUCCCACUCAAAGCCAAAUGGAGAAGGGUGUGUUUAAUGAGCGAACAGGCCAAAGUGACCAAAUGGCAAAUGGAAACAAAAGGAAGCUGAAUUUUUCCAGAACUAACAGGAAAGAAUUCCAUUUCCCAGAAUUGCCUUUCACAAUACAGUCAAAGGAGAUGAAAGGAAUGGAAGUUAAACAGAUAAAAGUGCUGAAGAGGGUAUCAAAGAAAACAGAUUCAUCUAAAAUACCAACUUUACUUAAUGCAGAUCAAUAUCAAGAAAAACAAGAGGCCGCACCAUGCAGCAUGCGGGAUCUUAGUUCCCCACCAGGGAUCGAACCCGUGCCCCUUGCAUUGGGAGCUCAGAGUCUUAACCACUGGACAGCCAGGGAAGUCCCUGUCGCCAGGUGAAGAGCCGAAGCGUAUCGCCUUAGAGAAAAACUCUCCAGCAGCAAGGAGCCACCCUCCCACCCCGACUGCGCCUGCGCCACGUCCGCGCCUCCGCCGCGCAGGACGUACUGCUCUGGGAUUAGCCUACUUCCCCGCUGCAAGCCUGGCCCCUGCUCGGUCUCGGUCUUCCCUUCCCCCUCGGCCUGUCCCUUGUGG